AUGGGUUGCGGAGGUUCCAAAAACGCUGCCGAUGCGGUAGUGACCGUGGAAGGUGGCAGACCGGCCAAAACACCGAAGGAAUCGAAAUCCAAGGCGAAAGUGGGGAAGGAAACGAAGCAGGAAGGGAAAACGAACAAGGAGAAAAAGUCGGACAAUAGUACCGUGGAAAAGGAACUGGAGCAGGCUAAAAUAAAUGCUGCAGCCAAGGACGCUGACUCGGGAAAGAUUACCACCACCGCAGUCGUCGUUGCUAAAGCCACAGCCUCCAUUCCAGCGGACGGUGACAAUACAUUACUGGCCGAAACGUUGAGUCGCCAAAUAGCUCAGCAGGUUACCAAUAGUGGUGAUGGCAAGCAAUCGGCCGACAACUUUGCCGCCGCGAAAUUGCAGAAGUCUAUCAACUCAGCACUUACAAAAGAAAUCAAUGCCUCAGAAGCCCAGCUGAAGCCUGCGACCUCUGCUUCUACGGGCAGCCUAGCGCUGAAGAAGAGUGGAAGCAAGAAGUCGCUGAAGUCCAAACCGGAAAAUGGCUCAGAAGCUGUUUCCUUAGCUCGUGACGUUCCUGUUGCCCUUGCUGAGGCCGUCAGCAAUGCUGUGGCGAAGGAGCUGUCCGAGCAUGCCGGAGAUAGUAUGGGUCAAAAUCAGAUUGCCAAUUCGAUUGAUGCAAUUGUCGCAAAGUCUCGCGGUGGGAAUCUGCGUCAGGAGGAUAUCAAUGUUCGAGGCAUCGAGGUCACCACCGAGAUCGAAACAGAUGCAAAAGGUUCACCUAUUGCCAUCCACGCCUCGGUGAUUGCCAUCUCAGAGGUGCCUGCGAACGAUGCCUUGGAUGCUAUUGAAAGGCCUGUGAAGACAAAGUCGUCCGCCUCCAUCGCAGUAGCUCAAGCCCCAAUCACCAAAACGGCAUCACUUAAUGCAUUGGGACCGGACAAGGCUGGGUCGAGAAAAAGCUUGAACGAAAUCAUUCUGGGGCGGUCCUCGUCGCGGAAGAGCGUGAAGGAGGACCACUUAUCUCCGACGGCUCGCAAAUCUCUUACCAACAUGCAGGAGGAACUUCGAGAAAGUAAGAAAAACAGCAACAGAUCAAAGAAAAGCUUGGAGGGGGAUGCUGCUCCUAAGGAGAGCCAAUCAAAGCAGACCGGCGGAAGUUCAAAGGCGAAUCUCACUGAGGAUAGUGGUGGAAAGAAGCGCGUCACGGUACUGUUGAAGAAAAGCGGCUCUCGAGCUUCUAUUAACGCCUCGAACACCGAUUCCAACGCUCGAAAAAGCUUGCAGAAUUUGAAUGAGCAGCUCGCGAACGAAAGAGGGGUGCCUUUGAACAAAGCCGCCAGCAUCACACUCGACGGACAUGCCGUGAAACAGAGUUUAACCAAUCUGGCACCAAACCGGACUUCCCAGAAGGAUCUUGCUGCAGAGCCCAAGGCGGCCCACGAAGACUCUCAUUCGCGUGCUAAAGAGUCGUUGGAGCGCCUGGAGCAGCAGCUUGUUACGGAGAAAGAGGCGGCAAAGUCCAAGUCCAAGGUUAACCUUGCAGAGACGUCCGCGGACUCUGCACCGAAGGCGGCGCAUGAGGAUGCACAUUCCACUGCUCGAAGGUCGUUGGGAGACCUCCAGCAGCAACUCGCGGCCGAGAAGUUAGCAGCCAAAUCCAAAUCCAAGGCUAGCAUUGCAGACAUGUCCGCCGAUUCCGCUCCGAAGGCGGCCCAUGAAGACUCGCAUUCGACAGCCAAAAGGUCAUUGGAAGACCUUCAGCAGCAGCUUGCCGCGGAAAAGUUAGCCGCAAAGUCCAAAUCCAAGGCUAGUCUUGCGGACACAUCCAUUGAAUCUGCACCGAAGGCGGCUCAUGAGGAUUCGCAUUCGACAGCCAGAAAGUCCUUGGACAACCUUCAACAACAGCUUGUUACGGAGAAGGGAGCAGCAAAAUCCAAAUCGAAGGCUAAUCUGGCAUCCAGCACGAACAUCCCGGCCGAUUCUGCACCGACGCCAGUCCAUGAGGAACCAAAAUCGACGGCUAAGAAGUCUUUGGAAACCCUCCAGCAGCAACUCGCCACAGAGAAAAGUGCGCAGAAGUCCAAGUCGAACGUCAAUCUCGCAGCAGACGUGAAGGCUGAAUACGCGGCUGAGCAGAAACAUGCAGAUGCGCAAGUAAACGCUGUGGUGAUUGCACCAGUAGUGCCCCACACUGAUGCUCAGACUGGAGGGCACGACAUUCAGGCCGCCCCGAGUGCUCUCAAGACGGACUCGGAGACGGCUCAGAAGCCAGUGGUUGAGACCAAAACCCACCAAGACCAUCGAAGCGUACAUGAGCUAGCUGCCGAUGCAAAGCAGAGCCUCCACAACUUGACUCACAAGGAUAAAGGCGAGAAGGAACGUCACAGUGCCAAAAAUCUUGCGAAGAAAAGCACCAACGACCUGAGCGCAAAGGUGGACUCCAAGACUGUCACCACAGUACCGAACCAGAUCACCUUGGAUGACACAGCCGCUCUCGUGCCUCCCUCUGAGACGACAGUUCCAAUACCUACUGCCGAGGAGCAUCGCAACCUGAGUGAGCUUGCGGCCGAUGCCAAAAAAAGUGUGGAGAAACUCACAACUUCCCAUCACCAAGACCAAGCGGCGCAGCCGGCGGCAGUCGUGCCUGCCACGAAAGAAAAUGAGCAUCAUAGGAGCAUCAAAGAACUGGCUCAUGAGGCCAAGAAAAGCUUAGACAAUUUGGUGCACAAAUCAAAGGACAGUCACAGUCGCACUUCCUCUCGAGCUGAUCUGACGAAGCAAGACCCGGCCGAAGAGCACUCGAAGACACUUACUCAAGCGGGGCAAGAUCCGACCGACGCGAAGAUUCAGAAGAGCAGCUCCAAGAGCAACUUGACGAAGAGCUCUUCCCGCAAGAGUCUGAAAGAAAAGGCGGCGGAGAAGGCGAGCGUGACGAAUGUUGCUUCCUCGGACUCCGACGAAGGAAAGGAAAGGGAGGCUGUGGCAACUAUCGAAACUCAUGUGGAUAUCGAAGUCAAGAAGCAUGAGCCGAAUGACACGAGCAAGGAGGCUCACAAGAGUGUUCGGGACAUCGCGAAAGACGUCAAAGAGGCGGUAUUGCAUCCAAUCCACGGGUCAAAGAACCAGUUGAAUGAAGCGCACGGAGCCACGGUCGCUACAUAUACAGAGGUUACUCCUCCCGCGGCAGCAAACCAAAGUAUACACAAUUUGGCGAAAGACGUCGCAAAGGAAAUCAAGAAGUCCACGGCAUCCCUGAACAAAGAAGCCAAGCAUGUGCACGAUGCCGAGAUCCACGUCUCCACCACGACCGUAAACCAGGCAACUAUGUCCAACUCUGCUACCACUGUGGCCGAGACAAUCAGAAACACUACUUCACUUGCAAAGGAUGAAAUUAAAACCCAAGAACAUGUGGAAGCGGCAAACAAAAAGACGGGGUCUCGCUCAAACAGUUCCCACAACCUUCGCGGCAGUCGACCCCCUUCCGCUAAGAAAGCUUCGGAAGUGAAGCCUCCUUCUCGGAAAGCGUCGACCAAUAACCUCCACAAGAGUCCCAGUGGAGCUGUUGGGACAGCUGCGGAUGCACGCCGCUCCACUAAUGAGAUCAACCGGGGUUUGGAUAGGCGAGCGUCAGCGAGCGAUUUGAAGACAGCCAAACCUCCUAGUCGAAAAGGGUCAGCGCAAAUCUUAGCUAGUCCGGCAGAGGCGGGAGUGAGGAAGUCAACUCAAAGCGUUGCAAGGUCUCAGACCAUUAGCGGUAAAGGAAAUAUUGUGAAAAAAGAGCCGCCUUUGCGAACUGGGUCUGCUACAGCGAUCAACGAACAAACAAGAUGA